AUGCGAAGACACAGUGCUGGUGAUUCCUUUCUGUUCGCGACAUCUCCUCUUGCGCGGCUAGGGCACGCGGCCUCCCACCGUCGGUCGUCUCUUCUUCCUCACCACCGGCCGGCAGCUCUUUCUUCUCUUCACUGCCAUUGGUCGGACCUCCAUAGCCCACCCUUCUUCUUGAUUCCAUUAGCAACAGCAGCAAGCACCGACGAUGACUCCGAGCAUCCAGGUCACCUGUACGCCAUGCACCACCCAAAGCUGCGAAGCAUGACACCCUCCGUCGCUUUUAACUUCUUCAGGAGGUUACCUAGUAAAGUGGAUAUGCUUCUCAGAUCUGCUAUUUAUAUAUCGCAUUCCCAUGUCAUCAUCGGCGCCAGGAACACCGAAGUUGCCAGUGAAGUAAAGCAUAGCAUUCUACAGAGCACCCCAUCUGCUAGAAUCAACAUCAUACAGAUAGAACUCAGUUCGCUCAUGUCCAUCCGAGCCUUCGCUGAGAAGUUUCUUGCCAUGGAUCUUCCUCUAAACAUCUUGAUAAACAAUGUCGGCGUCAUGUACUGUCCGUUUCAACUUUUGGAGGAUGGGAUAGAGAUGCAGUUUGCUACCAAUCAUGUCGGUCAUUUUCUUCUGACCAAACUUCUGCUUGACAAAAUGAAAAGCACAGCAGAGAGGACAGGAAUUGAGAGCCGUAUUGUGAAUCAUCAUCCAAGCUCACAUGACAACAUAUAG